UUGAGAUCAGAACACACUCCACAACUCUCUUUCUCUCUGUCUCGAGAAAAGCAGUAGCAGAUGGGUCGUUCGAGCACGAUCGCGUUGGUCUUCAUCGCCGUGGUCCUCGCCUCCUCCAUGCCGUGCUUCGAAGGGCGGAUGUUAUGGGAGAGGACCAGCAACCUUCAUCACGACGGCAACAAGAGACCGCCAUUGCCGAGCCCGGGCCUGUACCUGACCGCCCUCCCCAAGGGCACCAUCCCCGCCUCGACACCGAGCAAGAAGGGCCACGCCGAAGUGGUCGACGAGAAGCUCAUCGCGAGGCACCUCGGCAGCCUCGACCGGGUCUUGAUCUGGUCCGUGCCGAGCCCUGGAGUCGGGCAUUAGUGUCUUCGACAUGCAUGUUCUUGUCAUGGUCAUUUUGCGGUUGAUGGUAUGGAUUGAUUGCUCCAGGAAUAGGAAGUUUUGGAGGAGGUUGUUUUUACAUGUUCAUACUUUCAAUUCUUUCCAAAGAGAAAUUUGGUCAGAGGGACUAGAAUUACAUAGUUACUUAGUGAGACAUUUAACUGUAUAGAGAUAGUACAUAAGCCUAUGCCUUCUUUUUCUCUUCCUUUUUCAGUGGUGGGAUUGAUUUUGCUAUGUAUGCUUCCCCUAUACAGUUCCCCAGAGCUUUUUAACAGUAUAUUCAGAACAUAUAUGUUCCCCCUCUCU